GGUCUGGCCCUGGAGCCGCUUCCGCACAGGCAGGGGCUUCACUCGGGUUUUCUGGUGUCAGGGCAGCUCUAACUACGAAUUUGAAGGAUCCUUGUGCACGAAGCAGGAGCCGAGGAAUCGAGAGCCCUGGGGGGGCUGGGGGGAGGGUGCACAGGGGGACGGACCGACGUGUCAUUGGUGUAGGGCACUGCUCCGCCGGACAAUCGGCGGGCACGGGGCACGGGGCUCGGUGCGGGCCCGGGGCCAGGUCUUCCAAACGCAGCCCGCCCAAGCGGCCCCACAUGGCUCGGGGGCCCGCCCGCGGGGCCGCGGGGGCGCGGGGCCGGGGCAGCACUUGCUUCCCGCGGGGCCGCGUGUGUGCGGGGCGUGUGAGUGUGUGUGUGCGUGUGGCAGCCUUGCUCAGCCAGAGUGCAGAGGGAGCUCUCUCCAGCUCUCGGGGUCUCUUCUCUCAGCAGCAGCAGCAGCAGCGCCGCCUCUGCCACUCUGGACCACACAGAGACUACGGCGGGCGACGAGGCGGCGGCGGCCGGGCGGCGCGGGCACACGGUCGCCCGCGGCCCCCGGGGGCUGGCUGCCGGCCUCCCGCCGGGGCUGCGGGGCCCCGCGCCGCCCCGAGCGAGAGGCGAGCCACGGAGCGCCGGCGGCGAGGAGGCGGCCAGGCUGCGGAGCGGGACAGGCGGGGACGGCGGCGGCGGGGCUCGGACGCCCAGGAGGAAUGAAUGUGAACUCCUUGAGGGAAGGGACCCUGUUCUUAGCCCAGUCCUUUGCACUUAGUCUCUCCUCACUUCAUUCAACAAACAUUCAGAGCGCCUUGUGAGGGAAGAUACAAAGUUCAGAGAAGGCAAGGUACCUGCCCUCAAGGAAUUUACCAACAAGACAGCCAAGACUGGUAGCUGUCCCACAAUAAUAGUAAGUUGCAGGAAAACUUUGUAAAGCUGUUUUGAGUGAGCAGAAAAAUGGCAAUUGAGCAACCAUGAAGUUGGGAAAAAAUGAUUAAAACUCUGCUUACGGGAUAGGUUCUGGCCUUUGUCCAGAACUUAUCCAGAAGUCUGUCAAAAUACUGAAUGUUAUCAGAGAGAGACCCUUUGACCAAAUACCUGGAAUACCUUAGGUGCCUGUGGAGAAAGACAACUAGGAGGAGAUCGGAGAAGACAAACUAAAAACAAUUUGAAUGCUUCAGUAUGGAAAGAAGACCUUUGAAAGAAAAACUUCAAACAGAAUCUUGGUCUUGCUUAGAAUCAGUUUUAAUGAGCAGUUCUGUUCCUCCUUAAGUACCCUCCAAGUAUAGAUUUAGUUCUUUUUGCUUUACCACAGUAAAGCUCAUUUGCUUGUUCUCUAUCCACCCCAAAAGGCCUUAGAUUGCAUUGAAUUCACUUCUCUGUAUAAGUGGGACAGGGCUUAAAAUUCUAGGAUAUUCUGAAUUACAAUCUGGGGACUCUCUUGGUGGCUGAGGAGGUAGUUAGGUGAUCUGUAUAUAAAAGGAAACAUUUGCAUAGUAUGUAAUUACUUUGUAGUUACUAAACUCCUUAUUCCUUCUUGGCAAUACAAGCUGGAAAUAUAAAUUCCUUAUACACAGUU